AUGAGGCAAGGGAAGAUUCUGCUUUGUUGGUUGUUCCUUUUGGGCAGCUGUUUGACUCUGGUGUCGCCAUCGUUGCUGCAACUUAAGAAGAAACUAUUCCAUGGCGGAGGCGGCGGUGGAUGGGGAGGCGGUGGAGGAGGUGGCUGGGGAGGUGGUGGCGGUGGUGGAUGGGGUGGUGGAGGAGGCGGCAACUAUGGUCAUGGCGGAGGUGGUGGAAACUAUGGCCAUGGCGGAGGCGGAGGCGGAAGAGGCGGCACCACAAUCGAUGUCUAUGUGGUAAAGCCUGUUUAUCAAGGAGGCGGCGGUGGACAUCAUGGCGGCGGCGGUGGUGGUGGAUAUCAUGGCGGCGGUGGUGGUGGUGGCUAUCCCGGUGGAGGUGGUGGCGGAUAUCAUGGCGGCGGCGGUGGCGGUGGUGGCUAUCCUCAGUGGGGCGGCGGCGGCGGCAGCGGGGGAGGAGGUGGAGGAUCCUACGCAAGCAGCAGUGCCAAUAGCUAUUCCUAUGGCGGAGGCGGCGGUGGCUGUAAUUCCUGCGGUGGAGGUGGCGGAGGAAAUGGAGCCUAUGCCAAAGCAUCGGCCAAUGCCUAUGCCGGCAGUUGGGGUGGUUAA